UUUUACGAAAGUUCGAUUUGAAUGUGCUUACAGUAGACUGGAGUGAAUUAUCACAUAACAUUAUUUACCCUUUUGCGGCGUUCAGUACGCGUUACGUUGGGAAACAAGUUGCGAAAUUACUAAAUGCGAUAACGCAAACAUUCCGCAUUAGCGGUAGAAACAUUCAUUUGAUCGGCCAUAGUCUUGGGGCACAUAUAAUGGGUUAUGCGGGAAUGUUUUCAGUUAAUAAAAUAUUUCGCAUUACAGGACUAGACCCGGCCCGUCCACUUUUCGAAAUACCAGAAAUUUCGCCAGACUAUCGCCUUGAUAAAAAUGAUGCAGAAUUCGUGGAUAUAUUACACACCUGCGGAGGAGUAUUCGGUUAUAUGGAAAGCUAUGGUCACGCUGAUUUUUUUCCUAAUAAUGGUAGGCCGAUGCAACCUGGAUGCAAUGGAGUUCGCCAGAUAGCCGAUUCAUGCAGUCACGGUAGAUCCCACGAAUAUUUUGAAGAAUCAAUACAAUACACAAAUAAAACAGGUUUUAUUUCCUAUCCUUGCGAAACUUGGGAAAAAUUUAAUAACGGUGAAUGCAGAGAGGAUUCUACAAGCAUGGGAUACCACGCAUCAGCUCACAAUAUAGGAAAUUUCUACCUAUACACGCGGAACGAAUCUAAAUACGCAAUUAAUAGGGAUAAGGAAUCGUCGUUGUAAGAUACUUUAGAAUGAAAAAAAAAAAUCCAAAUUAUAUUAUUUAUUCGUCUAUAAAAACAAACAUAUAACAGAA